GGAAGGUGCCUGAGAGGCGGUUGGAGCUGUUAAUAGAUUUGAAACACAUUGAAACAUCCCUUCACAAAUGGAGCUAAGUGCCUCAACUUCUGAAUCAAAUAUUGGUACAGGAGCAGAAAACUGGUUCGUUGGUGAUCGGGUUUUUGCCCCUUUUUCUGGAGAUGAUAAGCUACAUGAGGCCACGAUAAAAUCAAUUUCCAUAGAUGAAGAUGGCAAAACUAUGGCAGUUGUAAGAUUUUCCAACUUUAAUGAAGAUACUGAUACUGUGGCAUUGAACACACUAAAAAGGAAAAGCAACCUUGAAUGUUGGAAAGGUUUUAUAUUUGAUGAUGAUGACCUGGAGAAGCCCUUCUUUCGUGACAAAAAGGCACCAGGCCCCAAGAUCUCUUUGAAAUUGUCUGAAGACAAUACAUGUGUGCCAUAUACUAUAAACAGAUACUUGCGAGACUAUCAAAGAGAUGGAGUAAAGUUCAUUUUUAAGCAUUAUUUAUGUGGCAGAGGAUGUAUCCUUGGAGAUGACAUGGGGCUUGGAAAAACUGUUCAGGUUAUUUCCUUUCUAGCAGCUGUACUUCAUAAAACAGGAACCAGCGAGGAUAUUGAGAAUAACAUGCCUAAGUUUGUCCUGAAGACCAUGAGAAAGGAAUCGAAAAGACAUGAUGACAAAAUUUUUCUCAUCGUUGCUCCUCUGUCUGUGCUGUACAACUGGAAGGAUGAAUUGGAAACCUGGGGUUAUUUUAGAGUUUAUAUUUUGCAUGGUAACCAAAAAGACCAUACUCUCAGUUGUAUUCGACGCAAGAAGUGCGAGAUUGCUCUCACAACCUAUGAAACAGUCCGCCUGUGUUUGGAUGAUAUCAAUUGCAUUGAGUGGUCUGCUGUGUUUGUGGAUGAAGCUCAUAAGAUAAAGAAUCCUAAAGCUCAGAUUACACAGGCUUUAAAGGCAUUGAAGUGCAAGAUUAGAAUUGGUCUAACUGGAACCAUUUUACAGAACAACAUGUAUGAACUUUGGUGUGUCAUGGACUGGGCAAUACCAGGUUGCCUUGGCAGCAGAGAUCAUUUUAAGGAAGAGUUCUGCAAUCCAAUUGAAUUUGGUCAGAGACACACAGCAACCAAAAGAGAACUGGCUGUUGGGCGAAAGGCUAUGAGGCAGUUGGCAAAACGGUUGUCAUUUUGGUUUCUGAGGCGUACUAAGGCUCUCAUCAGCGAUCAGCUACCAAAGAAAAACGAUCGGGUGAUAUACUGUUCUUUGACUGAGUUUCAGAAGGCAAUAUAUAAGGCAGUGCUGGAGACUGAGGAUUUAAAACUGGUACUGCGUGGCUGGGAUGCUUGUGAUUGCAACAGUGGCCGAAAAAGAAAAAGCUGCUGUUACAAGCAAAAUCAGGACGGGACCACUGUACGGCAAAUUUAUUUUAGUUAUUUGGCCAUCCUCCGUAAAGUAUCCAAUCAUGUCGCACUCCUGCAGCCUGAUGAAAGCACAAGCAAGAUGCAGGCCUCCACUGUCAGAAGAAUCUGUGAGCGUGUAUUUUGCAAGUUUCCAGAGUUUUUACAACAGAGUAAAGAGGAAGCUUUUAUCACCAUUUCUGAUCCUAAAUACAGUGGGAAAAUGAAGGUUCUUCAGCAGCUUUUGAACCACUGUAGAAAGAGCCAGGAAAAGGUUCUGCUGUUCUCCCUCUCAACCAAGCUUUUGGAUGUGCUGGAGAAAUACUGUAUGGCAACUGGACUAGAUUACCAACGACUUGAUGGAAAAACCAAAACCGAGGAGAGGGUCAAAAUAGUGAAGGAAUUCAACAGCACACGAAACAUCAACAUUUGCUUGGUGUCCACAAUUGCUGGUGGGUUAGGACUAAAUUUUGUUGGAGCUAAUAUUGUUGUGAUAUUUGACCCAACAUGGAAUCCAGCUAAUGAUCUGCAAGCUAUUGACAGAGCAUACCGUAUUGGUCAGUGCAGAGAUGUUAAAGUGUUCAGACUGAUUUCAUUGGGAACAGUUGAGGAAAUCAUGUAUUUGCGCCAGCUUUAUAAACAGCAACUACACUGUGCUGUUGUUGGAAGUGAAAAUGCAAAGCGCUACUUCAAUGCAGUGCAAGGAUCAAAGGAGCAUCAUGGGGAGUUGUUUGGAGUCCAGAAUCUAUUUGGCCUUCGCACAGAGGGAUCUUGUUUGACCCGAGAUAUCAUUCAGAGAACAGGUCAAGUGGAAGCAGGAGUGAUGACAGCUGCUACACAGUUGAGAGAAGAACCUCCAGCAACAAGACUGGAAACAAACGUGGACACCGAGAAGAAAGUGGAAGAAGAGAAUAAGGGCUUGUUGGAGCAAUCUGCUAUUGGACAAAAGCCAUCUAAAAGAAACUCAGAACAAUUUUUUGACUUUAGUAGUGAAAGCGAGUCAGAACCUUCGAGUAUGACAAAAAUCAAGAGUAGUAGAGGUAGUGCUGUACCUACCAGUAAUAAUGCUGACAGCCACGGACAGCUCACAUUGGCCCAGUAUGGCUUUUCUAAAUUCCUUGAUAGGCAAGCAUGCACAAGACAGGAUUGCAGUGAGGGUGACUCCGGCUCGGAUGAUGAUAUAUUAGAGAAUCGAUGCUCUGAAGAAAGCUCAAGCGGCGAUUUAAGUUCCCCUGUAUCCAAGGCAAAUGAUAGGACCAUCAACCUGGUCUCAGAGGCUCGAUCAAAUGCUCAGUCUAUAAAAAGGAAUGGGCGUGUUCAGCAAGUUAGGGAAAGACUUUGUCAAUACUGGAGCACUUCUAGUGAAUCAGAGGGAGAGGCUGAAUUAAGAAAAAAAUACAAGUAUCAUGGAACUUCAGUAAAUGCUGCUCUUCCCAUGGGAGCCAACAACUGUGCAGAAGAAAAUGAUGCCAUCCCUCCUUCACAAGUGUUGGGACAAAAGAAAGUACCUACUAAGAAGAAAUCUAAAUCUAAAUUCCUGUUAAAAGAUUCUGAAGAGUCAAAUGACAAAAACUUCACAAAUAUUUCCUGUAAAGAAAAGGCAUUGUUGUCCUGUAAACAAUCAGGAUUUCCUGGUGUUAAGCCAUGCAUAAUUGGUCAUUGUCCCACUGUAACAAAGGGGAAACCCUUGAGCUAUUCUGCCAAAUUGAAAGAACCAGGCAACAUCAGUGAUGAGUCAGAUGACGUUGAAAUAUCUGCAAGCCCACCAGGGAGAACAUCCAAUCAACUGGAACACCAGGGAGAAAGAGAUAAAAAAAGCCCUUGCAACAAAUCUCCAAUCCUUUUUAAAAAAGAGACUGAAGACGACGACAUUGAGCAAUUUUCAUCCUCUGGAGAUGAUGUUCCCAUCAAACAAAUGCGUUACAAUGUAAGCCGAGAGGUGGGCAAGAAUAAUAUUAAGCCAUUGGGCAGCGUUCAACUUGGACACAAGCAUAAGCCCAUCAGAAUUGAUAAAGGUGAAGGUAUACCAGAGAACAAGAAACAGAGCCAGAGUCAUGAGGAGCAGCUUGCAACAAUGGACAGAUUGCUAGGUGAUGUACAGGAAGUGGCUUUCAUUCAUUCAAACCAACAUGUGAUUGGAUCCAGCAAGGCUGAAAAUCAAAUGAGUUAUACUGCAAUUCGGGAUGUAUUUGAACUAAAACAAUAUUCCCAGAUUCCUGCCAAUGUAGCCAUCCACACUAGUCAGAUACUUCAAAAAACUGACAGCUUGCUUGGUCUUCCUCAGAAAUCCUUGCAGCAACACCAGAUAAAUGAAAGCCAAACGUUACCUCCUCUCUCACUUGUGUAUCCUGUCACACAGACAAUGAGGAAGGUCCACCGAGCAGGUAGAACUACUUUCCUGAUUGGACAAACACCCAAAGGAAUCUGUCGAAAACAACUCUAUGAUAUGGCUGAGUAUUUCAACAUGGCCUCUGUGGAAGAAUUGGCAAAACAUGUUUUAAAUAGCACCUCGCAGCACCGGCUGACAAUGCUUAGGAAGUUUUACACAUCCCAGUAUCCAGAAUUGAAAGACAUCUUGCCAGUUGGGCCUCCAGAAUCUGCACGUGAAGAUGAUGUCACAUCGAGGAGUUCACAAGAUUGUGUUACCACACACUGUGCUGACAAUAGGGAUAAAAGUCAAAUCAAUUCUUCUUUGAUCCAAGCAGUAUCAGGUGGCAAAAAACAUUUUAAGAAAAAGCAUCUAAAAAAGAUUGCAUGUUUUAAAACACAAAAUUAUGUUAUUUCAGAAAAUCGUGACUAUAAAUCAAGAAUAACUCAUGUAAAAAAUAGAGUAUUGGCAGACGCAUCGUUUUCUAGUGAUUCUGCUGAAGAUGUUGACAGUAGCGUUGGUAUGGAUUUUUCAAGUUCUUCAACUACUCCAUUCUCAAAGAGUACACCACACAGGGAUGAAACCAGUUCCAGAAGAGCUGUGAAACAGCAGCAACACGAUGAAGAGAUAGAACCACUGGCAGAAGGGUUAAAGUGCAAGUCAAAUCAGAACCAAAAAUCAGCUCUGUCAAAAGCUGACUCAAUCACAGAGCUGCUUGGUGACACUUCAGUACUGGCUGCAUUGUUUGAGAGGAAAAAACCCAUUACUGAACAGCCAAUAAAGGCUACAGGAUAUGUGCGAAAAGGAAAAAGCAAAUCAAAGGAUUUCUGGGAUUUCCUCAAUCUCAACAACAAUGAGUAUGCUAGUACACUAACUGAUUUAUCUGUGAUUGAGAAGUUGUGUGAAAGUGCACCUUUGAAGUCGAAGAACAGUGAAAAAGAACCAGAUGACAUCUUUUGGAAAAAAAAUGAAAAGUUUUUAUGGAAAAGUGAUCCAAAAAGUGACUAGUGUGUCUCAACAUCUGGAACAUUUUUGCCGAGUUAACUGUGAAAAUCAAACUCUCGAGUGCUGGAUGGGAGGAGUAACAGAAGCCUGUAUAAAAAUAAAUAAUUAAUUGAACGAAGUUUAUUAAUUAUAAAACUUUUAAAGUCUGUAGUAAGUAGAAGAAUUUAUUUGAUUGUUUUAUAAAACAAAAGUACCUGAAUUUCAGAGGGUGGCAGUAUUGGGUUAUGGAAAGGAGACUCUGUAAUAUAAUUACAUAGUUACCAUUUGGGAUAUUUUUGUAGCUGAUGUUUAAGUUGGAUUGUCAUCAUGAUGCAGAUGUCCGCCAUGGAUAGAGCAGCAAAACUCUACAAAACUGAGAAGUUUAGUCUUGGAUAUGUACAGAAACAUAGAAAAUAAGAGCAAACAUUGGCCAUUCAGUACCUCAAGUCUACUUUUACUAUUCAGUAAGAUAAUGGCUGAUGAUCUGUUUUGCAAAUUCUCAUUCCCAGCUGCCACCAACAACGUUUGAUUUUCUUAUCUAACAAAAAGCUUUCCAUGUCUUAAAAGUAUUCACUGACCCCAACUUCCACCUCUUUCUGAAGCAGAGGUCCAAGGUUGCCAAAUCCUCUGAGAGAAUAAAGCUUCUUUUCAUUGUGCUUCUGAAAUGACAACCCCUUUAUUUUUAAAACACUGUCCUUGAGUUCUGGACUUCACCGAGAGGAGAAAACAUACUUUUCACAUCCACCUUGUCAAGAUCAUUCAGGAUCUUGGACACUUCAAUCUUGUACCCUUUCCUAUUCUAAGCUACAAUGGAAGCAAGCCCAGUCCCAGUCAGAGAACUGUUAUGGUGCAUAAGGAGGCCAUUGUCAUGCUGGUGUCUACAUAAUCGUUAUGACUUUGCACUAAUUUCUUGCCAUUUAUCAUGGCAUUACAAAUUGUUUCUCUUCAAAUAAUCAUCCAAUGCUCUCUUGAAUGUCAAGGUUAAACCUGCCUCCAUACUUCCUGGCAGUGCAUUCCGUGUGAGUCAUCUAUGGUGUGAAAAUGUUUUCUCUCAAAUCACACGUGCAACUUUGGCAAAACGUUUUAAAACUGUGCCCUCUUGUUCUUGAUCCUUUUACAAGUGCAAACAGUUUUUUUUUCUACCGCGUCCGUCCAGACCCUCAUUAUUUGGAUCAUUCCAGGUAUCAAUCUUGCAUCGAGGCAUUCAGCAUAGAAACAGGCCUUUUGGCCUAAUCCCAUUUGCCUGAAUGUGGUCCAUAGUCUACUAUGCCCUGGCAUUUUAAUUGCUUAUCCAGAUGCUUCUUAAAUGUUACACGAAUACCUACUACUACCCUGUCAAGCAGUAUAUUCUAUAUUUCUAUCUUCCCUUGGUGAAAACCCAUUUCCUCUGAUCUCUUCUAAAUCACUUACUCUUCAUCUUAAACUGUGCUGUCAGAUUUUACACAUGUCUAUGCCUCUCAUAAUGUUUGUGUACCUCAUUCUAAUCCCUUCUCAGCCUCCUCUGCUCCAAAGAAACAAAGCCAGCCCAUCCAGUAUCUCCUUAGACUGAGACAUUUCAUCUCUGGCAACAUCCUGGUGAAUUUCCUCUGAGCCUUCUCUACUGAAAUGACAUCCUUCUGAUAGAUGGAAUGUUGUGUGCAGUCCUGACCACCACACUCUGGCCUAACCAAUACUUUAUAAAGCUAUUACAAGCUGAUCCUUGCUGCUGUACUCUACACCCAUCCAAUAAGGGAAAGCAUCCAUAUGCUUCUUUACCAUCUUCUCUACAUUUGCUGACAUCUUCAGGGAUCUAUGCAGGUGGUAUGGUGGCAGAGUGAUUAACACUACUGACUCACAUUGCCACAGACCUGAGUUGGAUUCCAGCCUUGGGUGACUGUUUGUUUGAAUGGAGUUUCAUGUUCUCCUGUGUAUUUGUAGGUUUCUGCUGGGUGCUCUGGUUUCGUCCCACAGUUUGAAGAUAUGCAGAUCAGGUGGAUUGGUCAUGCUGAUUCUUCCCAGUUACCUUGAGAUUUUGUGGAUGUGCAACUAUAACCCUUUUAAUGAUCAAUUCUAGCACCCUCUAUAUAAUUGACAUUAAACUAACUAUUCUAUAAUUUUCCUAUUCUUCUCUCCUGAAUAAAUGGGUUUUAUUUGCUACUUUCCAGUCUGAUGGUAAAGAUCCUUACUUGAAUCUAGGGAAUUUUGGAAAAUUAACAUUAAUGAUCAGCAAUCUUAUUAGUCAUUACUUUUAAGACCUUAUGAUGAAGUCCAUCAGAUUCCUUGUCAGCCUGCAGCUGUCAUCAGCUUGCUCAGUACCUACUGCUUGUAAUUUCACUCAGAUCCGCUCUCCGCUCCUUGUCCUGAUUUACAGCAUUUUAUGGAAUGGUUAUUGCAUCCUCUUAUAGAGAAAGCAGAACAAAAUACUUGUUAAUGUCAACUGCUUUUUUUUCUACUAUUAACUCCCCAUUCUCACUCCAUGGGUAUAGAGUAAAAGGUGACAGGUGAGACGACAUUAAGUUGGCAUUUGAGCAUUAAGUUGGGAUUGGGACUUCUAAGUGCCUCGAGGAUCAGUAGAUUCAUGUCUUGGCAUGGGGUUUGGGGACCUUGAGCAUGAAUACAGGGGCAUAUGGUGAUAUGGAGCUUUUGAUGGGUUGUGCAAUUGGGAUUUUUUUCUUAUUCACAGGAUGUGGGUACUGUUAUCUAGGCCAGCAUUUAUUGCCCAUCCCUAAUUGGCCAGAGGGCAGUUGAAUCAGCGAAAUUGCUCUGAAUAAGGAGUCAUAUGUAAGGUAGACCAGAUAAGGAUGUCAAAUUUCUGUCCCUAAGGGGUAUUGGUGAACCACAUGGGUUUUUUUGCAACAGUUGACAAUGCUUACAUAGUCAUCGGUUGAAUUGUUAAAAAAUUUCAGAUUUUUAUUGAAUUCCCAUUUCACCAGCUGCAUUAGUGGGAUUGGAAUCUGUGUUCCCAAAUCAUUAACUUGAGGUUCUGGAAAAUAGUCCAGUGACAUUACCAUUACAGCGCUGUCUCCCCCCAUAAAGCGCAAGGUAUGAAGGGAAAAGGAGUGCUGUGCACAGGUGCAUUGUGUGGCAUGGAGAAUGUAAGAGGUUCUGAAUAUGGAAACAGACCACAAGCAGCAUGCAAGAUGUGGAGGUUACCAUGGAUGGGACAUGGUACAAAAUGUAUGAGGAGUGAGGUGGUUUUUUAAGUUAUUUUUAUUUAUUAAAUAUGUAACUUCUAGGACUACUUAGCAAGGUAUUGACUGUACUCAACCAUCAUAUCAUUUGCUCAGUAAUUCUGUGUGUUUAAAUAAUUGUACUAACACCCUACUUAGCAUUAUCACUUAGGCUGAUGGUGUAGUGUACUUGCCUGUAUUAGUUAUCUAUGACUCUAAUAGGCAAGGCCCUGUUCUUUGCAGACAGAAAGAAUAUGUAUAAUUAUUGCACCUGUUUCAAUGCAACAAAGUAGAUGACGGCCCUUGUUUUGCUUCAUUUAUCAACAUAAUGCCUCAACCAGAGUCAGCAUUUCUCGAUUAAAAUGUAAACAAAGUUUGGCAAUUAAUUAAAUCAUCAUAAACUGGUCCAUUCUCCAUGGCAACGUCUCAAUCAUUCAGAGUCCACUUGCUAAUUACUAAGUUCUUAUACAGUCUAAAUGUUGUUUUCCUUUUACUUUGGUAUUUCUUAUGAAUUGUCCUGAAGGGUACAAAAUGAAAAGUUUCAACAAACGAUCUUCUUCAGCGAUACUCAAAUUCUGUACAAUCAAAUAACUAGUUU